AUGUUCAGUCGUUUGGUGGUCCGACAGGGUUACCGUUUUCCUCAUCUACUGAACACUCUUCGCACCUUUUCCACCGCAAGCACCGCCCCAGAAUGCGUAGAUGUUUACGUGUCAGCGGACCGCGCUAAGUUUUACAAAUCUCUGGGCAUCUUCUGCCUCGCUCAGGGCUCCGUUUGGCUUAUCUUUGGUCAGUACCUUCGGUUAAAGUGUGGCCAACCAGUGACGUGGGAGGUCAUGAAGGGCGAUGUCUGUGAGCUCACUCGGCGUCUUGCCGACCGCCUGGAAUACUGGACACCUGAUGCUGUCGCCAAGGUCAUUUUUCGGUCUAGGAAGGCUCCACUAGUGGAAGAAAAGGCAGUAAAGUUGACGGAAGAGAAGGUCGUCAAGGUAGAUUAUGCGGAAAAGGCGGAGACGGAAAAAGGGGAAAAAAGGUCUGGUGUGGAGAUCUUAGCGGAUAGAAUGAGGGAAGCCCUUGGCGUCAAGACGGGGACUGCGAACGGCGAUGAGGCCAGGCAGGAGCGGGAUAGAUCAAAACAAUUAAUGCCUUAUCUCUGUUUCAUCAUGGGCGUUUUCACCCUCUUCGUGGGUGGUUUCAUUCCGCGUCGUGUGAUUCGCCGCGUCUCGCUGGUUCAGUGGAAGUCAACGCAAUGUGUCCCCAAUGGCCGAAAUAAUCCGAUGAUGAGAGUGAACACCUACGGCUGGUUCGGCUUAUUCCCCAGAAGUGGAGCGUUGUUUACCACACAGUUGAGUAACAUCCGGGCCACUGCGGAGUACCGCGAGGGCAACAGGUUUAUGAGUCUCAUUAUUGCAAAGCGACCCUUUGCCUUCUACCUGGAGCGCCCCGAGGCUGAAUUCAUCCUACCGGAGUACUUUGAACACCUAAAUUCUGAGGCUAUUUCGCGGCAGUAG